AUGAGGAGCGACCAUAAGGUUGUGGUCGAUGAGAGUGAGAAGCCAGUGACAAGUGAGAAAGAGCACAGUAGUGAGAAAGUUGAGAGAUAUGUUGCCCCUACAUCUUAUAAGCCUCCACUACCCUUCCCUCAAAGGAUUAAUACAAUUGAUAUGGUGGUUAGAGAUGACUUUACUAGAUGCAUCUCAAGUGAUCUACUUGAGAAAUGCUUAGUUGUGUCCGUGGACACAGUCGUGUCAAAAAGCAGCAGAAACAGCCCAGAACAAGUUUGUGAAGGGAAAACUGCACCUAAGGUAGAACUAAAACCACUCCCCUCCUCGCUCAAGUAUGAAUUCUUGGACGCCAAUGGUGAGUACCCUGUAAUUGUUAAUGCUGAUUUAAGUCACCAGGAAGUUGAGAAAUUGCUUAAGGUUCUAAGGUUGCAUAAGGAUGCGAUAGGUUAUUUCAUAGAUGAUAUUAAGAGCAUUAAUCCAUCCAUUUGCAUGCAUCGAAUUUUUCUAGAAGAAGGGUACAAAACUUCCAUUGAACAUCAAAGAAGGCUAAACCCGAACAUGAAAGAGGUCGUUAGGAAAGAGGUGUUAAAAGUACUUGAUGCGGGGAUCAUCUAUCCUAUCUCAUAUAGCGAAUGGGUGAGCCCAGUUCAAGUAGUACCUAAGAAGGGAGGUAUGACCAUUGACAAAAAAGAAAAAAAUGAGCUAAUCCCCACUAGAACGGUCACCGGUUGGCACAUAUGCAUUGAUUAUCAAAAACUUAAUAAAGCUACCAGAAAAGAUCAUUUUCCCCUCCCUUUUAUCGAUCAAAUGUUAGAGAGGCUGGCUAGGCAUUCUUAUUUCUGUUAUCUAGAUGGGUAUUCAGGAUUCUUUCAAAUCCCGAUUCAUCCUAGCGAUCAAGAGAAGACAAUAUUUACAUGUCCAUAUGGCACUUUUGCUUAUAGGAGAAUGUCAUUUGGCCUAUGUAACACCCCUGUCACUUUUCAAAGAUGCAUGAUGGUCAUAUUUUUUAAUUUUAUUGAGAACAUUAUGGAGGUCUUCAUGGAUGAUUUUUUAGUCUAUGGCAUUUCUUUUGAUUACUGUUUGCAUAACCUUGCUAAGAUCUUAAAAAGAUGUAAAGAAAUGAACCUUGUGUUAAAUUGGGAGAAGUGCCAUUUUAUGUGGAUACCACUAACUAAUGUAAAAGGAGUUAGGAGCUUUCCGGGCCAUGUCGGGUUAAAGGAAGCUUUGACAACUACCCCAGUUAUGAGACCACUUGAUUGGAGCAUUCCAUUCGAGAUUAUGUGCGACGCAAGUGACUAUGCUAUCGAGGAUGUUCUUGGGCAAAGGAAAGAAGGGAAAAUAUACACCAUAUAUUAUGCCAGUAGAACAAUGGAUGAAGAGUUUGAUCUCGAGAUAAAAGACAAGAAAGGCACCGACAAUGUGGUAGCCGAUCAUCUCUCUAGGCUCAGGCAAGAAAUGGAUCAAGUAGAAGGUGAAAAGGAGCCAUUUGAUGAUUCAUUCCCAGAUGACAACCUGUUUGCUGUUACAAGUCUUCAAGCCCCUUGGUUCGCUGAUUUUGUGAACUAUAUUGCCUAUGGGGUGUUACCAUCUGAAUUAUCCUAUCAACAACACAAGAAGUUCCUAUCGGAUGUCAAGCACUAUUAUUAG